CUUGCAUGAUACGACCCGACUGUGUGAGUUUUGACUGCUUAUCUCCCACAGUUGAACAUAAUCCAACAUCUUCGAAGGCCGACGUUGGAAGAGGUAUGGACGUGUCUGCGGCAGGCGUGCUCGUUGUGAAGGAAGUGGAGUGAAGUCGUGGACAUUGUGUGUGUGUUUGUAGCGCUUAGACCCUUCCCGCUAUUUUGUGGCUAACUAACUAGCUGGCGUUAGCUGUUGUUGUUUAGGCCGCCUUACUUCACGCCAGUCGCUGAAACACACUCACUGAGCACCGGCAGACUUCUCUUAAAGCUCGGCCAACUCUGACCUCCACAGAUGGUCGGGUAACUUUCUCGCACAUCUGGAAAACACCGUCAGGUUUGAGGAGAAACUCCGUCAAAGCUACAUCCGCUGUGUGUUAGCUAACAUCCGCAAAGUGGACGGGCUGCUCCCCAUCCAGCCUACAAACACACACGACUCGAUUAAACGCGGUCUUCUCGGUAACGCGUCUCUGUAUAGUCUGCGUUUAACGGAGCGUCGACUCCGUGUGUCCGCGACUCCGUCGCCGCUUUGCGUCGUCGGUUUCCCGCUGAAGCUCGGGUCGUAUUUAUCGCGGCUGCUCUCGGAAGUCUUGUAUGCUGUAAAAAGCUUAGCCAGGAUUUCCGGCUCCUUUCCAUUUGCCCUAUGCUGUUUUGUUUCCGUUUAUUCUAUUUCCGUUUUAAAAGUUUUCUACGCGCAGAGUUAAAAGUGUGAUUUUAGCAGAUUUGUGUUUAACUCCCGGAUCGCGAUGCGUUUGUAGGAUAUUCCACCGUUGCUAAGCAGCAUGGUUCGACCGUUAUGCGACGGGCUGCCUCGCGCUGCGGUGCAUUCGUUUGCUAAAUAGCAGCUAACUUGGUUCAGUGUAAACUAGGUUCCGUGCAGCGACACGUGUAGCCUGCUGCACAUAUUUGACUUUAAUUUGUUUCUACAACAUGUGUUUAUUAUGUAUUAAUAUGUUUGCUCAAUAUUGUUGGCAACUUUGGCCUACCAGUUGGCCUUAAGACACCAAAGCCUCGCCCUCGAGUUGGCUAACGUUAGCAGUCGGAACAGUCGGUUAACUGUUCCGGGCGGUCAACGAGGAGUCGAGGCUGAAAGGCCCACGUAGUAGAAACCCCCAAUUGCAGUUCCAUCUUUACGUCAUCAACCCAUAACCUCACAUUUACACACUGAAGCCGACAUAUUCUUUAUUAUUGAGACAACACGUUUUGAACUUUUUGGAUGCUUUUUAAGUAGUUUGUGCUACUAAACUUUCCAAUUACAGAAAAAUAAAAUAAAACUAUCAUAAUUUAGGUUGCUGCAGUGAGCAAUGUAUCUGUGCCAUUGAGUGGCAUUAUGUGAAGGCAACCAUUUAUAUAUAUAUUUAGUUAUACUAUUUAUGACAUUAUUAUGUUACAAAACAGCCACCAUUUAUUAGCCACACAUAACUCAUUUCAUGGUCUUCUAUUAUAUCGAAUUAUUUGCGUCUGUUGAUGACCAUCUAAAAAUGUUUGGCUCUCUACAUCGAACAGAAUGUCUAAGAGUGAACCAGAAGAGAUGAUAGAGAUCGAGAUCGAUGAACAGGAAAAACAGGCAUGCCUGGAUGAAGGGGUGGAGGAGCAGACCAUCACUGCAUCAGACUUGAUUCAACAAGAUAUUGACAUCAAUGAGCCCAUUGGCAAUUUAAAAAAGCUUUUGGAGCCCCGUAUCCAAAUAUCUCUGGAUUCAUAUGAUAUUUGCUUGCAGGACAUUCAGCUUCACCCUGACCACAGCCUCUUUGAUCAGGGAGUAAAGACGGACGGCACAGUGCAGCUCAGCCUGCAGAUAAUAACCAAACCAGGUGAGGAGAAGUUGAACAUCUUGGAAAUCGUGAAGCCGGUGGAAACGGUAGAGGUGGUGAUUGAUCCAGAUGCAGCAGGAGAGGAUGGCUCUCUGGUGGAGGACGGCCAACUCAUCGCUGUGGAGCGAUCUGGCCUGUCUGAUGAGACGUCGGAGCAGGUAACACGCUGGGCCGCAGCACUUGAAGGCUACCGCAAAGAGCAGGUUCGCCUGGGCAUACCAUACGACCCUGUGCUCUGGUCAGCUGACCAGGUGAUCCACUGGGCUGUGUGGGUGAUGAAAGAGUUCAACAUCGAUGAGAUGGAAAUAGGCAGCAUUCACAUCCCAGGUCGUGACCUCUGCUUAUUCAGUCAGGAAGAGUUCCUCCAGAAAGUUCCCAACGGAGAGAUCCUCUGGAGUCAUCUGGAACUCCUGCGCAAAUAUGUGUUGGCGAGCCAGGACCAGUCUGGAGGGGACGCGACUGUCACCAUUGAUCAACCUGUGCAGAUAAUCCCAGCUCAAGUGAGCACACCCACUACCAUUAAGGUGUUGAAGCAGAGCCGCGGCCCCAGAACGCCCCGCAUUUCUGGAGGAGAGGAGCGCAGCUCACCUGGGAACCGCACAGGCAACAAUGGUCAGAUCCAGCUUUGGCAGUUCCUGCUGGAGCUGCUGACGGACAAGGAUGCAAGAGACUGCAUCUCCUGGGUGGGCGAGGAGGGCGAGUUCAAGCUCAACCAGCCGGAGCUUGUGGCGCAGAAAUGGGGCCAGCGCAAAAACAAGCCGACUAUGAACUAUGAGAAACUCAGCAGAGCCCUCAGCAGCGUUAUAAUGCCGCCCGAGGGUGUGACUACAGAUCGCAUGGCAGCACCACAGAUGAGGAAAAGGUAUUACUACGACGGGGACAUGAUCAGCAAGGUGCAGGGCAAGCGCUUCGUCUACAAGUUUGUGUGCGACCUGAGAACUCUGAUCGGCUACAGCGCAGCUGAGCUCAACAACCUGGUGACCGACUGUGAACAGAAGAAACUGGCUCGCAUGCAGAUGCACGGCAUCGGACAGCCCAUCACCACAGUGACGCUGGCCACCACCACACUAGACAAAGACUGUUAAGGGGAGCUCGCCAAUUUAAAGCGUCCUCCAGCUGCCAAAGUUUGCUCUCUACCGCUGACUGGAAAUCAAAUCCACUUUACUCUUCCUUCUUUUUUUGACACAACUGUGUCCAUCAGACACAAACGCAAGGCUGAUCCCCGAUCAGUGUGGAUUAUGAACUUUAUUAUAGUCGUUACUUUGACGCAGGUAAAACUCUUUUUUUCGUUUUUUUCUUCAACUCUAACCAAGAGAAGUGUGUUCAGGAUGAGGCGGCCGAAUGUCUGGUUACUGUGAAGAUGUGCGUUUGACUGAAUGUGCGACUGAGUGAUGAGCUUUGUGUACUGUGUCUGUAGUUUAGGAUCAUUUCCACUGUAUAUACUGGCAUUACAUGUUUUUGAUAGCCACCAGGACAAGUGUAUUUUCAUACUUUCCAUUAAUAGACCUGUUUUGUAUUUUAUUUAGUGUUUGUUCCCUAAAUUGUUGGACCCUUGUCCACUAGAGGGAAUAAAGUGGCAAGCAUUUUUCUAAACGUCUGAGAUUCAUUCAGCCUCGGAAAGUAACUAUAAUUUUUGCACAAAUUAUAGUAAGAGAUUCAACGUGACAAAUGGACCAGGGGUUAUGUAUAGUCAACAUUUUAUUCAUGGUAUACAGCGUGUAGAAAGCUUUGUCUUAUUCUAAGCAAAUGGUUAAUUUAAUGACACCGUGGAAGGUCACUGAAUCGAUGAGGGACGGCGGAGGCACAUGUUUUCUUUUUUAACACGAGCAUCCAAAGACACCCGACAAAUUUUAAACAUGAACCCGAUUACGGUUUCAGUUAUUAUCUGUACAUGUGUGGACAUAAUGUGCAGAGCGGUGAUAUGUGUUUCUGUGGUAUAAAAGUACAAUAUGUAUGUCACAUUCAUGUUUACUGGAGGCGGUGUUAAC